CACAUUGUACUCCUAACCUUCCAAAAGUCAGCGUGUUGUCUUCUCUCUCUCUCUGUCCUUUGGCAGUUGUUGCAGAGACAAGGCAGGUAUAGUCUCAGAGCUUGUCUCUAUAGAAGCUAUGGAGGAAGACGACUGGGGUUUGCACGCGGUCGUCAGGGGCUACGUCUCCGCCACUAACACCACGACAUCAAAUGCUUUUCCGGCUGAUUUUUCGAAUCAGACUUGCUUUACUUCAUUCACUAUUGGUGUUGGUGAACAAAGUGGGAACCUUUUCUCUGUUUCAGAUCCUUUUGAAGCAAGGAAUGUUUUCGGUGAUUUACAUGAUCUCUACAAGCCCUUUUACCCCAAAUCUCUUGUUCCUUCACCAGUACAGACCAAACCCGUAUCCUCAGUUUCUUCUUCCCUCAACGUCUCUGUAGAUCCAAUUCGGUUAAAUCAAGUACAGAAGCAGCAGCCAAGGCAGUUCCAUGGUGGGUCUGUGAAUAGAACUAAUCCCACCACCACUCAUUCUGCCACUGAAAACUGUAAUGCUUCUCGAUCCAAAAAAAGAAAAUACCAAUCGAAGGAGGUGCGCAGAGUACCUGCAGACGCUCUGUAUUCAGACAUCUGGGCAUGGCGUAAAUAUGGCCAAAAACCUAUCAAAGGCUCACCAUAUCCAAGGGGUUAUUACAAAUGUAGCAGUUCCAAGGGUUGUAUGGCCCGAAAACAGGUGGAGCGGGAUCAAUCCGACCCGGGAAUGUUCAAAGUCACUUAUACAGCCGAGCACAACCACCCUGCUCCGACCCACCGGAAUUCACUCGCCGGUAGCACUCGUCAGAAGCCUGUGGCCACCACCGAAACAACAACGGCCAUUGCUGACAAAGCUUCCCCAUCCAAACCCGCUUCUUCCUCCUCUCCAGUGCUCUCCGUAACACAAAGUCAAAACAGCGAAAGCAGAGAAGAAAAAGAUUUGAUGUUAGAAGACGAAAACGGUGAAGAGGAAGAGUUUGGAGUCUCGGAUUCGGCUUUGGAUGAUAAUUUCUUCGCGGGUUUAGAGGAAUUCGCUGCCGUCGUAGGUGCGGGAGACUGCUUCACUGAUCCAUUUCCGUCGGUGAGUUUUGGCGGCCAUCAAUGGCUCACCAACAACGUGGCGGCUGCGGCCGGCAGUAUUUGACUUGCUGAAAAGUCAAUACUGACGUGGAUUUAUUUAUGCUUUAUUUUUAGAGGCAGUGUUAGAAAAAGAGAAUCUAAUACUUUUAUGCUAUUCGGAUUAACCAAACCUAAACCCCCAAUUAGUGAGUAAUCUUGUAGAGCAAGAGAAAGAACAAAUUUUAUUAUCCAUUCCAAAAUCCAAAUUUGCUACUCAUAUUGCUACUCAUAGACGCAUAAGGAUGUAAAAUAAAGAUAUAAAAUAUGAAUCAUCUUUUUCAUCA